AGUAAAUACAAAUUGUUUGUUUUUCCCUAAAUCCGCAUGAUAUCGUUUGAAUUGUUAUUUAUUGAGAUGAUAAUAUGUAUAUUGAUUAUUAGUUUUGACAUUAGCUACAAAGCACCUGAAAUCAAUAAAAAUUGGGUGGCGAAACUUUAGUAUUUUUGAAGAAUGGUGCGAGUAAUAUCAGUUCAUCAUUUUGCAAAUCAGGACAUCCAUAAAUGUGAGGAACCAUUGGCAGUAACUACUGCUCCACCUGAUCGUUUGCUGUUGGCUCAGGCCCAGCAUGCUGUUGAAGUUCGUGGCUUAGCUGAGGGUGGAGAUGUUCUGUUCACUUUUCCUACUGUAGAUGAAGUACGUCAGAUGGUGUAUUGCUGUAAUGGUGACUACAUUGCAGCCCUUGAACGCAAGCAAAACCGCCAAGGUACAAUCUCCAACUAUGUACGAAUUUACUGUAAAUGGGACGUAGUUAAUAACCCCCCAGACAGCACAUUUCUACAGCAGCCAAUGCGUGCAAGAAUUGCUGGUCAGGUAACACCAAGCAGUGCACAGAUAAGUUCAGGAGGAUUGGAAAUGAUCGAACUGCCUUUGAAAAGAGACCCAAAUGCAGUUGCUUGUUGCCAGGUAACUGGAAAUUUGAUUGUAGUCCUUGACAGAACUUUGGUGCUUUAUUAUUUCAAAGUGAGGGCACAUGAUAUAUCAAGACAGAAAUUUAUAGAUUUUGAAGAAUCUCCAGUAAGUUUGGAAAUGUGUUUCACACCAAUGAAAGUUGAAAUGUGUGAGGAUAUUGUAGCUUGCAUGUCCAAACAGUAUCUGCAUGUGUUCAAAGUGGGACAGUUGGAAAAAGAAAAAAACGUGCAGAAUACUUCCAUUAAAAAUGAGAAGGACAAUGGGACCAAGAAAGAAACAGAUUCUGAAAUUAACUGGGAUUCCCUGCUGGAAGCAGAAUUCAAUAAAAAUUUAGCAAAAGGCAGAGAUGCUUUUGAAGACAACUGGGUUGAGAAGCUCCACAAUAAUUCAUUUCCUCUUACUAUCCACCUGCCAGGAAUAACAACUCAGCAGGGUCAUUGUUCAACAAAUACUUCAACAAAUGAUGGCACACCAUAUAGAAACAUGCCAUUUAAAGUAGCUCCUUUGGAAAUGACAAUUAAUGUGAAGUGUUCAUCACCAUCUGAGGGCCCUUCUGAGGAAACUAGUGUUACAAAUCUGCUACAACUUCAGCUGUAUUCACCAGAAGCUGGAGAUUCAAAUAUGGGUGUACUUGUUGGUCCUGAAGAAUUUCGUUGUUUAGUGGUGAAGCCAAUGUACCUCAGACAAGCUAAACCCCUCCAAAACCAAAAAUCAAAUAAGAAAAUAUCAACAAACCACCCAAUGCGGUCACCUUAUUACAAAAAUCUUGGAAGUGUGGUUUGUUUUGUUGCUACACAACAAGAAGGUUUUCUUUAUCAUUUCCCAAUGAUAGCAUCAAGAGAACCCUUGAAGUUACAACAGGCAGCUUGUGUCUCUGUGUAUCCAUUUACAGCACCUGUGUUGCACAUAGCUUUGGAGAGCUAUUUGCUUCAUGCCCUUACAGAAAUGGGACUGGAAACUUACACCUUGAAAUCUUCUCAUCAGUUAAUAAGGGAAAAUGAGUCAUUGGACAGUGCUAUAUAUAGAAAAGCUGAUGACCCCGUGUGUUUGGUUGGGUUGCGACCUUUCCUUGGUGUGGAACAUUUAUUGCUUUCUGAUUCAUAUUUAUCACUGUUGGCUUGUUCAGAAGGAUCCAGCAUUAGUAGCCAAGAUUCUCAUAGCACAAACUGGACUUUAUAUUCACUUAAAGUUCCUAGUGCACUAACACUCUAUAAUGAUAUUAUGACUGUUGCAUCACAACACCGUUGGUCAAGUCCUGCAACAUAUUGUCAUCUGUUGACAGAAGCUCACACAAUUUUGCAGAUAGCUGCCCAUACUGUGUCAUGGCUCUCAAAGCAGCACCAUUCAGUUGGCAUAAUUACACCAAAUAUGAAGAAUGAUGAAGCAACCCAACUUGAAGAUACACUAAGAGAAUCAUGUGCUCUGCUCGGAGAUUAUUAUAUAAAUUGUGAUUGUGAAGAAGACUGGACACUUGCAGCUCACUAUUACAAAAUGACUGGCUUCAGCCCCAUAAACAUUAUAGAAAGGGUGAAAAACCUUGAAAUUCCAAAGGAGACUGAUAUAGAGUGGAAAAAAGAGAACCAGCUGAAAGCAUUGAUGAAAUAUUUGAAGACCAGUUUAUUAUUCAUGCAUCAUGAUUCAGACAGCUCAUUUAAUCCAUCCAUCCAAGAUUUUACAAAUACUUUACUGGAUCUGUUUGAGAAGUAUAGUCCAUCUGAAGUUUCUACACUUGUCCUUCAUUCUGCUCUGUUGAGAGAGUAUGCUACUGACAGGGUUCUGAAUGUAAUGAAAAAACAGCUAUCUGUCAGACCAGUGCCCAAGUCAAGUGACGCAUUAGCCUUAGUUUUGUUAUGCAUCCAGAAGGGAUCACCAGAACAAGCAAAUGCUGUCUUAAGCUCUUUUGAACCAAACCAACUUUCAGCUAUACUUUUUGAAAAUAGUGUGCUUCUGUUUGAGACAACUACACCAGUGAAGUCUACGAGCAAGCAUGAUUCUGUGUACAGUAGCAGAAGGAAUGACCAGUUAACAACAUUUUCAGAGUUGUCUGUUGUUCUGAUGGAUUCAAAACCUAGAGUACUUGCAGGAGUGUUAUCAGAGUUGGUUGCAUCACAGAAAAUGUCGCUGCAGGAGGUUUUGCAAGUUUUUUUGGAGUACCUCCCAUCUAGAAUUGGUAUUUCUGGAUCAUCAGCAAGUCUUGUUUUACAAGUUUUCCUGGAAAACUACUUUGGGCAUUAUUUUGAAUUGUAUCCAGAUUGUGACUUCAAAUCUGUGUAUGACCUUCCUGUUAUUGAAGCACUGAAAAUACUGGUGAGGUCUUACCUGAGUGACCUCCAGUGCUAUAAUCUUGCUAGUAAAAAGAAUACCAGUGACAAAAGUUGCACACCUGAAACUCCAGAAGUUAAAGAGAGUGCAGAUAAGUCACCAGUUCUCUUUGAAAGUUGUCGCUUUGUGUUCCUUCAAAAAAUGCCUCCAUUUGCUCCUAAUUUGUCUGAAAAGCUUCUAGCGCAUCAGAGAGGUGAAAACACGAAUCCAAAAAUUCAACCAUCAGAAGAAGAUAAAGGCCACAAAAAUGAAAGUCUUGUUAAACUUCAGUGCCUUCUUUGCUCUGGGAAACUUCCAAAGGAGUGUGUUGUAGAAGUUUACCAAUUUGUUCAAACACACCCACAACUUCAUGGAAACCUCAGCCUCCAGGUCCUGUGUGUCUCAACAAAGGAAGCAACGAAUGUUUUGCUGAAUUUCUGUCCUCAAACACUGCUGCAGUUUGCCAAAGACAGAUAUACUGUUGACAGUGAGUACAAACAUUUGUUGUCAUUGUUACACAAGAAAAUCAGUGCAUUGUCUGAUGAGUUACUGAAGCCAUACUACAUGCGAGUAAUGAAUGAAAUUUUAACGUACUUGGCCCAGACAUAUCCAUUGGAAUCUCUAUGCCAAAUGUUACCUGCUGGAACAGAGUCUCAGUAUGCUAGUUUUAUCCACAUGGGCCAACAAGUAACACAUGCCAAUCACAUCAGAUCACUUAUAAUGAUUACUGGCCGACAGCUGUUAGGAACUCUGAAGUUAUGAACUUUUAUGUACCUUCCAGCGUUUUCUUUCCCACUAUUGUAUUUAUUAUUUAAGUUUGCAAUAUGAUAUUUACAUUUCAGGUAUUUAACUGAAAAUACCGUCUAGUGGCAGGUCUAGUGCAUUAUAAGGCUGUGAAAUUAUGCCUGUAUUAGUUGUAAAACAGUGUAUGAAUAAGUUUAUAAACAGUUUACAAACAUUAUAGCAAUUGUAGCAUCAUAUUGGACUGCCACAUCUAUAAAACAUAAUAUAUAAGCCAAGGGCCUUCCACCAUUGUGUUCCUUUUUAUUCUAUUGACUGCAAGAUUUUGCACCACUAUUAGUAUUUUAAAAGCAACAUAUCACUUUUUGGUAUUUCUUAAAAAUUUUACAGUACUCAAAAGUUAUUACAUGUAUGGUAAAUGAACUGUAACUGGUAGAAUUAUAUUUUAUAAAGAAGCCCACUGUGAGCUCAGACAUAGCAGGAGCUAUUCUUGAUCACUUGAUAACAUAAAGCCAUUUUCAAAUCCAAAGAGCUUUUUAAGCAGUAUGUAGAGUGCAGCAGUCACAGAAAAUGCCUUUGUGGACAUGAGCUACAGUUUGCUAUUAUUAUUAUUGUUAAGUUUCUUGCCUUAGGAAAAAAUGGAGGAUGCCUGUGAAAUAAUUUACAGAUGUCUAAAACAAAGUAGUGAGUGAUACUUUUUCUGUUGUUAAAUUAGGUGAUGAGAAAUGUGGUAGUUAGUGUUAUAAAUAUGCACGAUGAUUACUGAGCAUCAUGUGCUCUGAUGGGUGGUGAAAGUGAAUAUAAAACAUACUGAAUUCAGCGUCAUAUUAUACCAUCCACAUCCGAACUAGACAGCAAAAGACUUCUGUAGAAAAUAGUUGCACAAUGCACAAUUGCUGUCAGUGAAUAACUUCUGAGCCAUAAAAAACAGUAAUAAAUUGGACAGUACUGGAAAGUAGCUUGUUUCUCUCUCUCUCUCUCUCUCUCUCUCUCUCUCAGACAUAAUACAGUUGUGCUGCCACUUUGGUCAGGGCAGAUGGUAAGUACAAUUAUGCACUUGUGUUUCUAAGUAAUUAAUGUUCUUUGCAGUAGAAAUAUAUCAGUGUGGAAUUCAUUUAAAUAUAGAGUGGGAAAAACAGAAGUGAAAAAUAGGACAGUGUGUUUUAAUUUACGGUAUUGGUAAAUAGCCUGAUAACAAUUGUACAGUAUACUAAGGAUAAAUCUCAAAAAAUUUAAGGAAAGCUUUUAUGAAGAUGAAAGCCUUCAUUUUAGUGCCAAGAGAGGGAGAGAGGAGAUUAAACUCAUCAUUUCGUUUAACAAAUGUCAGGGCUUUAGGAAUGUUUGUUAAUGCAAAUUUGUAACAUUUGUGACUUUUUUAUAGAAGCAAAAUGCAUUAAAAUCAUCAAAAUUGCAGUUAAAUAUCGAAAUCAUACAAGGCUUUGCUUCUUUAGCAGUGGAAGGAAGUGACAUUUUUCACAAACUGUGAAAGUUGAUCAUCAUCUAGUAACACAAAAUGCAGAAAGAAAGAAAAAGGCAGACACUGUUACCAUUACUUGAGCAAAUGCGUCAUGGAAGUGUUUUGAGUGCAACUCAUUCACUACAGUAUGAGAAACAAUCCCAUUUAGAACAUGCAGGAAAAAACCAACAAUGAAUACUGUCAUGCUGCACCAUAAAGCAUGUAUGCCAUGGCUCACAUACUAGGGAAGUGGACAUAUGUAAUUAUCAAAAUGAGAAACACCACCUAUCAAUCUUACAAAUAAUGUGACACUUGAAGCAUUAAGACAAAGGAUUAAAAAAUAAAGAACCUCUCUCCCCCCCUUCUCCCUCUCCCUCUCCCUCCCU